CAACAUCUGUGUGUUUGUGUGUCUCUGUCCGUAGUCUCAGACCAGUCUGGACUGGCUGCCUCUGUGCUCUGUGUAGCCAGUUCGACAGAUUGUUUCACUGUGGAGACUUUACGGGAUUGGAGUGAGACUUUUCUUGGAUAGAUUGAUAGAUCCCAGUGAGACAGUUCUGUGUGAUGGAUAGUUUGUGACUGAUCGGGAGAUCUUUCUUUUGGGAGCACACAAGGGUCCUGUAGCCUACAGUACGAGGCUAUCUAUCAGCAGGGAGAGGAGUUGGCUCGACUCUACAGCUACGUGACCACGCUUCACUGACUCAACCAUUGGAUGUCAUAAUGCUAUGUCCAAGCUGAAGAGGUCUGUGUCUUUUCUGGAUAAGGCUGGAGCUGGAUGCGUUUCUCUCCUGUUCUGUGAUGGUGUGAUCUCACUGCUGGAGAUGUAGGAAGCCCUAUAUUCAGCGCCUUUUACACUUUCUAGUCUCUACUCUCUCUGUCUGCCUGCCCGUAUAGAGCAGAGCAGGCCUCGCUCUGUACUGUGGAGCUUGCUUAACUGCCUGGACGGGACAUUAUAGCAUGGCUGUUUAAUCAUAUAAGUGGAUCUAUUGCUGUUGGUUAAAAAGGGAGCCGUGGUGAGAAACGGUAACGUUCCCUAGAAAGGGCCCAAACCCUGGCCGCCAUGGCCCCUCGCAAGCGUCCAGGGCGGGGCCUCUCCGAUAUUUUCUGCUGUUUUAAAGGGAGUGAUCACCCGGAGAUCACCUACCGCCUUCGCCAUGACAGUAACUUCAUCCUACAGACCAUGGAGCCCUCCCUGCCCAUGCCGCUUGAAGAGGAGCUGGAUGCCAUGUUCUCUGAGCUGGUUGAUGAGCUGGACCUGUCAGGGAAACACCGGGAAGUCAUGUUUGCGCUGCCAGCUGAGAAGAAAUGGCAGAUGUACUGUAGCAAAAAGAAGGAGGGAGAAGAGAGCAAGGGUGCGACUAGCUGGCCAGAGUUCUAUAUCGACCAGUUGAAUUCCAUGGCUGCUAGGAAGACCCUUAUUGCUUUGGAAAUGGAGGAUGAGGAAGAGAGGAACAAGACAAUAGAGAGUUUAAAGACAGCUCUAAGGACACAACCCAUGAGGUUUGUGACGCGGUUCAUCGACCUGGACGGUCUGACCUGCAUCCUGAACUUCCUGAAGAGCAUGGACUACGAGACCACCGAGUCCCAGAUCCACACGUCCCUGAUUGGCUGCAUCAAGGCCCUGAUGAACAACUCCCAGGGGCGCUCCCAUGUGCUCUCCCACACAGAGAGCAUCAACAUCAUUGCCCAGAGCCUGGCAACUGAGAAUGUCAAGACCAAAGUGGCAGUGCUGGAGAUCAUGGGCGCUGUGUGUCUGGUGCCAGGAGGGCACAGGAAGAUCCUGGAGGCAAUGCUGCACUAUCAGAAGUUCGCUUGCGAGAGGACUCGCUUCCAGACUCUGCUGAAUGACCUGGACAGGAGUACGGGGCGCUACAGGGACGAGGUCAACCUGAAAACAGCCAUCAUGUCCUUCAUCAAUGCAGUGCUUAGUCAGGGAGCAGGGGAGUCGAGCUUUGAGUUCAGAAUUCACCUGCGAUACGAGUUCCUUAUGUUGGGCAUCCAGCCAAUCAUCGAUAAACUGAGGUCUCACGACAACUCAACGUUAGACAGGCAUUUGGACUUCUUUGAGAUGCUGAGAAACGAGGAUGAACUGUCUUUGGCAAAACGCUUUGACACUGUGCACAUUGACACAAAAAGUGCCACGCAAGUGUUUGAGCUCAUAAAGAAGAAGAUGAACCACACAGAUGCACACCCGCACUUUAUAUCUGUCUUACAGCACUGUCUCCUUAUGCCUUACAAGCGUAGUGGGAACACAGUGCAUUACUGGCUCCUCCUGGACCGCAUCGUCCAGCAGAUCGUCCUGCAGAACGACAAAGGUCAUGACCCUGACGUCACCCCCCUGGAGAACUUCAACGUGAAGAACGUGGUGCGAAUGCUGGUCAACGAGAAUGAAGUCAAACAAUGGAAAGAACAGGCCGAGAAAAUGAGAAAAGAGCACCAUGAGCUGCAGCAGAAGUUUGAUAAGAAGGAACGCGAGUGUGAGGCCAAGACCCAGGAGAAGGAGGACAUGAUGCAGACGCUGAAUAAGAUGAAGGAGAAGCUGGAGAAGGAGUCCAGCGAACACAAGCAGGUCAAGCAGCAGGUGGCCGACCUCUCCGCCCGGCUGCAUGACCUCAGCACUAGGCCAAAUGCAAGUGUUCCUGGUGGCCAUCCACUCAUACCUGGGGCCCCUGGAGGUCCCAUACCACCCCCUCCCAUGCAGGCUGCCAUGCCCCCACCCCCUCCACCACCCCCUGGGGGCAUGCCUCCACCGCCACCCCCUCUACCCGGUGGCCCUCCUCCUCCUCCAGGCAUGGGUCCCCCUCCUCCACCUGGAGCUCCCAUGGGACCAGGGCUGAAAAAGAACAUCCCCCAGCCCUCCAACCCACUCAAGUCAUUCAACUGGGCCAAGCUGGCUGAGAAUAAGCUGGAGGGCACUGUGUGGACGGACGUCGAUGACAUCAAGGUUUUCAAAAUCCUGGACCUUGAGGACAUCGAGAAGACCUUCUCUGCUUACCAGAGACAGCAGGACUUCUUAACAAUGAACAAUAACAAGAAAGAGUCCGAAGAUGAUACUGUGACCUCCAAGAAGGUCAAGGAGCUGUCAGUCAUUGACGGUCGCAGAGCCCAGAACUGUAACAUCCUCCUCUCUCGCCUAAAGCUGACCAAUGAGGAGAUCAAGAGGGCCAUCCUGACUAUGGACGAACAGGAGGACCUGCCCAAAGACAUGCUGGAGCAGCUGCUAAAGUUUGUCCCAGAGAAGAGUGACGUGGAUCUCCUGGAGGAGCACAAGCAUGAGCUGGACCGCAUGGCCAAAGCUGACCGCUUCCUCUACGAGAUGAGCAGGAUCAACCAUUACCAGCAGAGGUUGCAGUCCCUCUACUUCAAAAAGAAGUUUGCUGAAAGAAUCGUCGAAGUCAAACCUAAAGUUGAAGCUCUAACCAGGGCCUCUAAAGAGAUGCUGCAGAGCCGUAACCUCAAGCAGCUUCUGGAAGUGGUCCUGGCCUUUGGUAACUACAUGAACAAGGGCCAGAGGGGGAACGCCUAUGGCUUCAAAGUGUCCUCACUCAACAAGAUCGCUGACACCAAGUCCAGCAUUGACAAGAACAUUACUCUGCUGCAUUACCUGAUCACCAUCCUGGAGCAGAAGUAUCCCAAAGUGGCUGUGUUCCAGGAGGAGCUUCAGAGUGUUCCAGAGGCAGCUAAAGUCAAUAUGACAGAGCUGGAGAAAGACAUCAACAAUCUACGCUCUGGUCUGAAGAGUGUGGAGCUGGAGCUGGAUUUCCAGAGAGGUCUUCCUCAGGUUUCGGGGGAUAAGUUUGUGUCUGUGGUGAGCCAUUUCAUCACUGUGGCCAGCUUCAGCUUUUCAGAGGUGGAUGAUUCUCUGACUGAGGCCAAGGAGCUGUUUCUGAAGGCAGUGCAGCACUUUGGAGAGGAUGCAACCCGUGUGCAGCCUGACGAGUUCUUUGGAAUCUUCGACCAAUUCCUGCAGGCGUUCGCUGACGCUAAGCAGGAGAAUGAGAACAUGCGCAGACGCAAGGAGGAAGAGGAACGACGGGCCCGCAUGGAAGCACAGCUGAAGGAGCAGAGGGAGAAGGAGCGCAAAGCCAAGAAGACAAAGGAGAACUGUGAGGAGGACGGUGAAUUCGACGACCUCGUUUCAGCCCUGCGCUCCGGGGAGGUGUUCGAUAAGGACUUGUCCAAGAUGAAACGCAACCGCAAACGCGUCAACUCAUCAGCUGAGACCAGCAGGGAGCGACCCGUCACCAAACUGAACCUCUGAAACAACAGAUCCUGUCUUACUGGAGCUAAGCUAUGCUGCCCUCUGGUGUCCUGGCAUGAGCCUAGUGCCCCCAGUUUUGGGAGUGGACAGAAUUCACUUCUAAAAUGGAACUGAGCAGGAAAGGGGGUGGACAGAACUCUACUUACUCUUCUGCUACUCAAGCAACAAUAACCCAGAGCUUGUGUCCAUCUGGAAACAGACAUAUAAGAUAUUACCUCCUCUGAAAACCAUGAACUAUGGAUAAGGAGUGACUCUCUAAGCUAUUUGUGUUAAUUGCCAAAACCUACACUUUUAAAAUGCUGUGCUCUGAAUGACAGUUUUUCUCCUGUCGCGGAUGGGACACUUUUUUUAAUAGCAUAGGGCUGUUGCCCUGGAGUAGGACACUCUUCUUGACCCUUCCUACCUGCAAGAAUUAGCAGGAAGUGGAAUGGAAAGCCAGGGGUCACACGCGCACACACCGGCUGCGACACAUUUCCUCUUUUAAACGGGAGAAAGUGGAACUUCUUUCCUGCUAUUGUGUUCAGUCAGUCAGACACCUCUAGAGAGUACAGUAGAGGAUGCCAACCCCAUGCAGAGAAACAGUGUCUCUUGAAGCACAAUCAAUCAUGUAUGAAUUACGUUUUUGAGAUGAGCAAAAAAGCAUAACAAGAAACACAUUUUAAUACUGUUCUUAUCACAAUUUUGCAAAGACCUAAUUUAGAUAUUUAAAACCAAAUCAAAGAUGCAAUAUUACCAUUUUAUUAGAGCCUAUAACUUUCAUCUAUUAAAAUACUCCAUUAGAACUGAAAUAUACAGUAUUGUAGAAGAGUAGGAUCUAAUUUUAGGCCUGCUGACUUGAAAGGACAAUGUCACUGUUUCUAUAAUAUUUGAAGAGUUACCAAAAAUAAUUGCUCUUCCUUUGGUCAUCCUAACACACGGAGGAUAUCAGUCUGGAAACUAUGCAGCCCAACAUUUGUUUUUUUGUUCAUUACUGCCAUGUACCAGUCAAAAGUUUGGACACACCUACUCGUUCAAGGGCGUUUCUUUAUGUGUACUAUUUUCUACAUUGUAGAAUAAUAGUGACGACGUCUAAACUA